CCGCUCGGGUGCAGUAGGCGGCGCUGUACAAUUAAAAUCCUGGUUAAGCGCAAUUGCACUUUACAGGAGGACGAAGAAGAAAAAAACAAGGAAAACAGGACAUAGGCUGAUCUGCUUGCAACCAAGAAAAAUGGACACACGGUUCACUCGGGGCAAAUCCAGCAUCUUGGAGCGGCCCCUGACGCGACCCAAGACUGAAGUCAGCGUGAGCGCCUUUGCGCUGCUGUUCUCCGAGAUGGUGCAGUACUGUCAGAGCCGCGUGUACUCCGUGUCCGAGCUGCAGACGCGCCUGGCGGACAUGGGCCAGAGUGUCGGAGCCAGCCUGUUGGAUGUGCUGGUGCUGAGAGAGAAGAACGGCAAGCGGGAGACCAAAUUGCUGAACAUGCUGCUCUUCAUCAAGGUCAACGUGUGGAAGUCUUUAUUUGGGAAGGAGGCGGACAAGCUGGAGCAGGCCAACGACGAUGACAAGACCUAUUACAUCAUAGAAAAGGAGCCACUUAUCAACGCCUACAUAUCCGUGCCCAAGGAGAACAGCAGCUUGAACUGCGCUGCUUUCACGGCUGGCGUCGUGGAGGCCAUUCUCACGCAUGGCGGCUUCCCUGCCAAGGUCACUGCCCACUGGCACAAAGGCACCACACUCAUGAUAAAGUUUAACGAGUCAGUCAUAGCCAGGGACAAGGCUUUGGAUGGCAGAUAAAUUAAUUUAAAAAAAGACUGGAGAGACUGGCUGGUUUUGUGAAUCCUUACAGGAACAGGAUAAAUCAUCCAGGUCCCGGCUUGUGUUAGUUCCUGAGUUGUGGCUGGCUGUGACUGAGUUUCUUUGUGGUAACUGAUGAGAUGGCGACUUUAUGAAUGGAUGAACCAAUGUCUGCAAUGUACUGAGCCACAGCUAGAGCAGAAAAAGAUGCAGACGAUUGGUUCAAACUUCCAGGUUUUUGUGGAUCACUUAUGUUAUACUUCAUCAUGUGACUCGUUCGUUUACCGUACAUCACUGUUUAAUCCAUAGCGCCAUGUAAGAUAAAGAAAACAAAACAAUUUGUAGUUCAAGGUGAUUAAACACUAACAUUGUUUCACAAUAA